AUGUGUGAUGCAAGCGGAUAUGCUGUGGGUGCAGUGUUAAGUCAGCGCAAGGACAAGGUAUCGCAUCCUAUUUAUUAUACAAGUAAUAUGUUGAAUGAUGCGCAAGAGAACUAUACAACUACAAAGAAGGAAAUGCUUGUAUUGGUAUUUGCACUGGAGAAAUUCCGACAAUACUUAAUCGGAACAAACGUUGUGGUGUAUACGGAUUACUCUGCGAUCAAUGAGAAUGGUAUAACUAGGCAUAGGACUGUGAGGUACACACCUCAACAAAAUGGGCUUGCUGAGAGGUUAAACAGAACUAUAAUGAAAAGGGUAAGAUGUUUGCUUUCUGAUGCUAUCCUAAGUGAAAACUUUUGGGCAGAAGCUAUAGCCUACACUAUUUACACCUUGAAUAAGUGCCCUUACACAUCUCUAGAGCUAUUUACUUCUGAAGAGAAGUAG